AUGGCAGAAAUCGUGUUACUAGUCGAUGAUUUGAAGCUACUUUCAGGAAUUUCUCGCUGUAGAAUUUGCCAUGAAGAAGAGUUCGAAAGCACCAAAACCUUGGAAGCACCUUGUUCUUGUUCUGGAACCGUUAAGUUUGCUCAUAGAGAUUGCAUCCAAAGAUGGUGUAACGAAAAAGGAAAUACAACUUGUGAAAUAUGUCUCCAGCAAUAUGAACCUGGAUAUACAGCUUUUCCAAAGAAGUCAGAGAUAAACGAUGAAGCAAUGUCCAUAAGGGUAGAGGAAGAAGGUUCAGAAGUAAGAGAAAAUAUGGUGGAAGGAACUGUAAUAGAAAGUGAUUAUUCAGAAUGCAGUUCUACCGCUGAUAGAAGUGCGACUCACUGUCGAUCACUUGCAAUAGCUUUUACAGUUGUGUUAUUGGUAAGACAUUGUCUCGUAGUGCCUACAAAUGGAGCUGAAGAUUACCCAUUUACACCUCUUACAGUCAUUGUACUGAAGGCUCUUGGAAUUAUUAUACCCAUGUACAUAGUUACAAAGACAAUUGGAGCCAUUCAGAAUAGUAUUCGGCGCUAUCGUGAUUCUGAUUAUGACACAUCACUUCCUGAGGAAAAUGACAGAAAUGAUGCAACUCACCAAGAAAAUUUAAUACAUUCAUAG